AUGGAAUGCAUAGGACAAAAUUUCCAGCUGGGGAACCACACCGCAUUGGUGGAAUUCAUCCUGAUUGGGUUUUCUGAUGUCCCCAACCUUCAAGGAUUUCUUUUUGGUUUAUUUCUGAUACUCUAUAUCUUUAUUCUUAUGGGAAAUAGUCUCAUUGUCAUAAUAACUAAGGUUGAUCCCUCACUCCAGACCCCGAUGUAUUUCUUUCUUGGGAAUUUCUCCUUUUUGGAAAUAUGUUACGUUUCAGUUACUCUCCCCAGGUUAUUAGCAGAUCUCUAUAGACAACAUGGGAAUAUUUCAUUUGUGGCCUGUGCUAUUCAAACAUAUUUCUUUCUGAUGUUUGGAGACACUGAAUGCUUUAUUCUCACUGCCAUGGCUUAUGACAGGUAUGUUGCUAUCUGUAAUCCAUUACUCUACCCGGUCAUCAUGAAGAGUAGACUAUGUAUACAAUUGGCAGCUGCCUGUUGGAUCACUUCCAUUCCAAUACAAAUAGGGUUCAUCUCUCAGAUCUUCUCUUUACCCUUCUGUGAAUGUAACCAUUUGGAUCACUUUUUCUGUGAUGCACCUGCAGUUGUUAAGCUUGCUUGUGGGGAUGUCUUCAUGACUGAGAUGUUGAUGUAUGCAAUCACUGCCUUAGUCGCCACUAUGCCUUUUUUAUUGAUUAUUGGAUCUUAUGUGAAAAUAAUCUCCACCAUCCUGAAACUACCAUCAGCAACUGGGAGAGCCAAGGCCUUCUCGACUUGUUCUUCCCAUCUCAUGGUUGUGACUUUAUUCUUUGGAUCAGGUAUCAUUGUUUAUAUGAAACCUAAGUCCACUCACUCAACAGGAAUGGACAAAUUCCUCUCUCUUUUUUACACCAUCUUGAUACCAGUGUUUAACCCCAUUAUAUACUGUCUGAGAAACAAAGAUGUUAUGGUUGCAUUGGGAAAAUUCCUACAGAAUUGGAUUGUGCCAUGA